AUGGAGAUUUCAGCUGUUACAGAGCCCUACUACAACAUAGUCACUGAGAAUGACUACAUUCCCGGAAUCUUAUGUGUGAGCAUGGAUGUGCGAGCAUUUGGAAUAUCAGUGCUGACUCCCCUCUAUUCUCUGGUGUUCAUCAUUGGUGUGAUAGGCAAUGUCCUGGUGGUUCUGGUGCUCACACAGCACAAGAGGCUUCGAAGCAUGACCAGCAUUUACCUGUUUAACCUGGCGGUCUCUGACCUGGUCUUCCUCUUCACAUUACCUUUCUGGAUUGACUAUAUCAUAAAAGGAGACUGGAUUUUUGGUGAUGCCAUGUGUAAGUUCCUUUCUGGAUUUUAUUACCUGGGCUUGUAUAGUGACAUGUUUUUUAUCACCCUACUUACAGUUGAUAGGUACUUAGCUGUUGUCCAUGCUGUGUUCGCCCUGCGGGCCCGGACUGUCACUUUUGGCAUCAUCACCAGCAUCAUCACCUGGGUCCUGGCCAUCUUGGCUUCGAUUCCUUGUCUGUAUUUUUUCAAGGCCCAGUUGGAAUUCACUUACCAUACCUGCAGAGCAGUUUUACCCAAGGAGAGCCUGAAACAUUUUUUGAGGUUUCAGGCUCUAACAAUGAACAUCCUUGGGCUAAUUUUGCCUCUGUUGGCCAUGAUCAUCUGCUACACAAGGAUCAUCAAUGUUCUACACAGAAGACCCAAUAAGAAGAAGGCCAAAGCUAUGCGUCUGAUUUUUGUUAUUACACUUCUGUUUUUCCUUCUAUGGACCCCCUACUAUCUGGCUGCAUUUGUUUCUGCUUUUGAAGACUUCCUAUUCACCAGCGGGUGUGAGAGAAGCCAACAGCUGGACCUAGCCUUGAUGGUAACAGAGGCAAUUGCCUACACCCACUGCUGUGUCAACCCAGUCAUUUAUGUCUUUGUGGGUGAACGGUUCCGGAAGUACCUCAGGCAGCUGUUUCAGAGGCAUACAGCUGUACCCCUGGCAAAAUGGCUGCCCUUCCUCUCUGUAGACCGAACACAGAGGGCCAAUGUCAUGUCUCCAUCCACAGGGGAGAAUGAUCUCUCAGCUGGCCUCUAA